GCGCGGGCCGUUUAAAGGAGCGGAAGUCGGCGCCGGGAGACUUCCGGCCGCUGGGCGGCGGGGGCCAGGCGUGAGGGAAUGGCGACCAAGAAGUUGGCGCGGCGGCUGGGCCUGAUCCGGAGCCGGUCGGCGGGGCCGGCCCGCGGGCGCCCAGCGCGGAGCGGACGCGAGCAGUUGUUCGACUACCUGGUUGUUAUUGACUUUGAGUCGACGUGUUGGGAAGAGGGGAAACGCCACCGGACCCAGGAAAUCAUUGAAUUUCCAGCAGUAUUGCUGAACACAUCAACUGGAGAGAUUGAAUCUGAGUUCCAUGCUUAUGUUCAGCCUCAGGAACAUCCAAUUCUUUCCGAAUUUUGCAUGGAAUUGACAGGCAUAAAGCAGGACCAAGUUGACGAAGGGGUCCCUCUGAAGAUUUGCUUAUCUCAGUUCUGUAAAUGGAUUCAGAAGAUUCAACAACAGAAGAAAAUUAUCUUUGCUACUGGGGUUUCAGAUCUACCUACUUCAGAAGUCAAGUUGUGUGCAUUUGUUACUUGGUCAGACUGGGACUUGGGUGUUUGCCUGGAGUAUGAGUGUAAAAGAAAGCAGCUGUUUAAACCUGUGUUCUUAAAUGCUUGGAUUGAUCUCAGAGUAACUUACAAGAUUUUCUAUAAGAGAAAACCAAAAGGACUGAGUGGCGCUCUGCAGGAGGUGGGAAUCGAAUUCUUGGGACGGGAACAUUCUGGAUUGGAUGAUUCUCGGAAUACUGCAUUUCUUGCUUGGAAAAUGAUCAAGGAUGGUUGCUUAAUGAAAAUUACAAGGUCCUGGAACAAGGUUCACACUAAGAAGAAUCCCAACAUUUUGGGCAGAAAUUUGAAUACAGAUCAAGUUGAAGAAACAUCAGUCUGCAACAGAAGCAGUCGAGGUCCCAGCAUAUGUGAUAGGGAGCCUAAAAAUACAAUACAUUAUCAUGAAAAAAUGCAAAUGAGGUCUGAUGGUAUGAAUUCUAUAAAAGUAAACCAAGAUGAGUUUCAACCAAAGAGCAAUUUAAAAGUAGGUCUUCGCAAUGUCAAAAACUGUUUCUCUCUCUUGACUACUCAGUCUUCUACUUCUCUGGGGCAGCUGCAGUGCCCCAGCGUCCGUGCACCUAUGCAGAAGCAAAUCAAAGACGAACAUCAAGCAUUUCGUGCCAAAUCUAAGGCUUCCACAGCGGAUUCUGAUUUGGUGCUUGUUUCAACUACCAUUUCAUCUGUUAAUCAUGUUUCUGAUGUGGAGAUGAGUUCUGCUCUCGACUGUUUGCCUAUGUUGACUGAUUGGGAGGAUGUAGCUUUACUGCCAGCAUCUCAGCCUGAGCAAAAUAUAGAUGGUAUGCCGCUCAUUAGUGACUCAGACUUAGCUACUUCAUUGAAGUCUGGAGAAAGGUUAAUGGUUCUAAAAGAAUCUGAAUUGUUAAGUUAUGAGAACUUUGAAAGCACAGAAGAAACUCCUCAACAAUCUGAGACCUCUAAGUUGGUUGUGUAUAAGAGUCCACAUACUACUAUUUAUAAUGUAAAAGAAGCCAAAGAUCCAAGGUCAGAUGUUUCUAACUUUAAAUUACCUGAGUGCAAAUCAAGCAGUUUGAACAGUGUUAAGGUCAGUGUGUCUUACCCUUCAGUUCUGGGGAAAUGUCUUCUUUUAGGUGGUACUAAAAGGAACCCACCCAGUCCCCCAGCUGUCCCCCUAGCAAAAAAGCAGCCCUUCACUAUUCAUGAAGAAAAGCCGACAUCAUGUGAUGGCUCCCCAGUGAGGUCUCGGAAGCUCCUCUCCUCUGUCUUCACUCCUACAGUUAACCUACGAGAGCCUUGGAAGAGUGGGAAGGUGACACCUCCAUUAUGCAGGUGUGGCCGGAGGUCUAAGAGACUUGUUGUUUCUAAUAAUGGACCAAACCAUGGGAAAGUCUUCUACUGUUGCCCUAUUGGGAAAUACCAAGAAAACAGAAAAUGUUGUGGUUAUUUCAAAUGGGAACAAACACUUCAAAAGGAGAGGGCCAACAGCACAAUUUGGUCUCAUUCCUCAGGGGCACUCACCUCUAGUUCUCCAGAAAGAAGCCAUGUUUGUGACCAAAAGGUAAAUGUUUCUACUAAAAAUGCUUUGAGACUCAGACCUUCAAUGAGGAAUUGAUGAACUUUAUAUCUAAACUAUGUUUUUACUUUAGCAUGACGUUUGAUGUAAAGAGAAAAGCAUAUAGGGCUGCAAGUUACGAGAACAGCAUUAUCUGAGCUCUGUAGACUGCACUUGGACUAACACACACACACACACACACACACACACACACACACUGAAAAUAGAGAAACAAAUUUCACAGGUUUCUAAUUUUAGUCACCAGCCAUCUAACUUUUGUCUUUUGUUCAUGUAUGAAUCCUGAUUGUUCCUUGAAUUCCCAAACAUGAGUAUUCUUAAAAUGCCUAACACUAUUUUAUUUAUAUUUCAUAUAUUGGCAUUUGCCAAAUUUAUCACACUUUGAAGAACCACAAGUGAAAUAUUUUAUAAACUGAAUUUAUUAAAUACUAGAGGCCCGGUGCAUGAAAUUUGUGCACAGGUAGGGUCCCUAGACCUGGCUGGCUAUGAGGGCCCAUCAGGUUCCCAGCCUCCCUGCCUCCUCCUUCCCUUGCUCCCUCAGUGCCCCUCCGCUGACACUGAUCACCUGCCAUGUUCUGCGCCACCCCCUGCUGGUCAGUGCACGUCAUAGUGAGUGAUUGAACUCCUGGUCAAACUCCCGAGGGGACAAUUUGCUUAUUAGCCUUUUAUUAUCUACUAGAGGCCCGGUGAACGAAAUCCAUGCAUGUGUGUGGGGGGGUGUCUCUUAGCCUGGCCUGCACCCUCUCCAAUCUGGGACCCCCUCGGGGGAUGUCCAACGGCUGGUUUAGGCCCGAUCCCUCUUGCAAUCUGGGACCGCUGGCUCCUAACCACUCACCUGCCUGAUUACCCUUCACACUUCUGCCUGCCUGCCUGAUCACCCCUAAACCCUCUGCCUGCCGGCCUGGUUGCCCCUGCCAGCCUGAUCGCCCCUACCUUGCCCCCUUGCUGGCCUGAUUGCCCCUAACUGCCUCCGCCUCGGCCCCCAGUUUGGCCUCACUCUGCGGGAGGUGACCUGGCGGAUCAGGGGAAGGCAUCACCCCCAUCACCCCACUGCUGCUGCCACUGCCGGCCUGAGCCUCGGCCCUUGCAGCCGCUGUGGCUUUGUCUGGAAGGACGUCCGGAAGAUGUCCACUCUAAUGAGCAUAUUACCCUUUUAUUAGUAUAGAUUUGAGGACCAUUACAAACAUGGAGAACUUAAAGAAAACACAUGGGCCCUUUCUGGUUUGGCUUAAUGGAGAGAGCAUUGGCCUGUGGACCGAAGGGUCCUAUGUUUGAUUCUGGUCAGGGGCACAUGCCUGGGUUGUGGGCUCGAUCCCCAGUAGGGGGCCUGCAGGAGGCAGCUGAUCAGUUAUUCCUAUCAUUGAUGUUUCUAUCUCUCCCUCUCCCUUUCUCUCUGAAAUAAUAAAAAAAAAAUUUUAAAAAAA